UCAUAUCCACUAGCAGUCUUAUCAUCUCUUCAGAAUUAGAACCGUUCAUAUUCCAAAGUAGCAUAUCUUUUUCUCUAUAAUAUGUUCUUGUUACUUCUAUUUUUCAAAUUCUUCUUAAGAAAUAACAUCUUUCUUGUGAACCGCUACAUAUUAGAUCAUAAAUAAUACCCAAACUCCCAAAAUAUUAUAUAGAGAAACUGAGAAAGUUUACACCCACCCAAGAAAAGGGCAAAAAAAAAGAAAGUUUUUUCCAACGAAUCUUCAAUAAUCUAAUCGAAAAAAUUUGUACUACAAUACAAUUUCAAACACAUGUUAGCUCGCUUGAAUUUCCUCCCCACGGCCACGCCUCCGCUAAUGAUGAUGAAACAGUCCCCAAAUUCCCAAUCCCAACCCUUAAUUUCUCGCCGUGUCGCCGUCAUCGGCGCCGGAGCAGGCGGUAUAGUCGCCGCCCGUGAGCUCGGCCGUGAGGGGCAUACCGUGGUGGUAUUCGAGCGCGGUGGUCAAAUCGGAGGGAUCUGGGUCUACUCGCCGGAGAUCGAAUCCGACCCGCUUGGGGUGGACCCGGAUCGGACCCGGGUCCACAGCAGCCUCUACGAAUCUCUACGCACGAAUCUCCCCAGAGAACUCAUGGGGGCCCGCGAUUACCCGUUCGUGCCCCGAGAAGGGGAGGAUCGAGAUCCGAGGCGAUUCCCGGGCCAUCGGGAGGUUUUGAAGUAUUUGGAAGAUUUUGCGAAUGAGUUUGGGAUCUGUAAAUUGGUGAGGUUUCGGACUGAGGUGGUUUUUGCUGGCUUGGUGGAGCCUGGGAAAUGGAAGGUUCGAUUUACAACUGGAGGUGGAGCUGUUGAUGAUGAAAUUUUUGAUGCUGUGGUUGUUUGUGUUGGGAAUUAUUCGCAGCCUCGAGUGGCAGAGAUUCCUGGGAUUGAUGGAUGGCCUGGGGAGCAAGUGCAUAGUCACAAUUAUCGUGAUCCCGAACCAUUUCGGGGUAAGGCUGUUGUCGUGAUUGGUUUUUCUUCAAGUGGUACGGACAUUUCUCUGGAGCUCCUUGGAGUUGCCAAAGAAAUUCACAUUGCCUGCAGAUCAGCUAAAACAGUACCUUUUGACACAGAAUCUAUCAGUAAUGUGUCAUUUCAUCCAAUGAUUGAAAGUGUUCGUAAAGAUGGCUCAGUGGUCUUUCAAGAUGGGUGCGUUGUCCUGGCUGAUGUUAUUCUGCACUGCACCGGGUACAAAUAUCAUUUCCCUUUUCUCGAAACCAAUGGUGUUGUCACCGUGGACGACAACCGUGUAGGACCCCUAUACAAGCAUGUCUUCCCCCCAGCCUUGGCCACGGGGCUUUCUUUUGUCGGGUUACCAUUUAAGGUUGCUCCUUUUCCUAUGUUUGAGCUUCAAAGCAAUUGGGUUGCUGGUGUUUUGUCGAACAGGAUUGCGCUUCCAUCGAAAGAGGAGAUGUUGGCAGAUGUUAGAGCUUUUUAUGCCGAUCUUGAAGCUUUUGGCAAGCCCAAGCAUCUUACCCAUGAAAUGGGUGAACGUAUGCCUGAGUACUAUAACUGGCUUGCAGCAACAUGUGGUUGUCCUGUCUUUGAAGAAUGGAGAAAGCAAAUGUACAUUGCUGCUCACAAGCAUAAAAUUGCCAAUCUCGAGUCUUACCGUGACGAAUGGCCUGAUGACGACGAGUUGAUUCGUCAAGCUUACGAGGAAUUUAGCAAGUACACUUCAAAUGAAAGAAGUGUAAAAACCACUCACAUUUGAAUGUUUGACAAGUGUAUAUUUUGUAAAGUAACAUAUUUAUGUGUUCUUGAUCCUCCCUGUUGGAUCUUACACUGGAAAAUAAAAAUGAAAAUAAUAUAUCAUCCAUAUGGCA